CCGCACCGCCGCACCCACCAGCACCACUGUUGUCCGUUCGUACCAUUUGUUUAGGUCUUCGGUCAAGCAACAAAACAACUGCAUCGCAACCACUUCCUACCUCGCGGAUCUACCCGAACAUACGGCGUUGCAUGAUCCUCUUCCUCAGUCAAGAAUUCGCCCGGAGCGAUUGAAAUGGCUCUAAAAGGAGAGCAGUGGAUUACGGUGCAGCAGAAGACGUUCACCAAAUGGCUGAAUAGCAAAUUGACUGCUCGAGAGGUCUUCAUUAAAGACCUUGUUAAAGAUUUGUCAGAUGGGGUUAUACUCAUUCACCUUCUGGAGAUACUUGGAAAUGAAUCCCUCGGUCGUUAUGCCUCCCGUCCGAAGCUUCGAGUACAGCAAUUCGAGAAUGUCAACAAAUGCCUGGAUUUUAUCAGGGCAAGAGGAAUACAGAUGACCAACAUUGGUGCGGAGGAUGUUGUAGAUGGAAACAGAAAGAUCAUACUCGGCCUCAUAUGGACAUUAAUUUUACGCUUCACCAUUAGCGACAUUAACUCAGAAGGCUUGAGUGCGAAAGAAGGUUUACUAUUGUGGUGUCAGCGCAAGACUGCCUGCUAUGAUGAUGUGGACGUCCGAGACUUCUCAACAAGUUGGAAUGAUGGACUGGCAUUCUGUGCCCUCCUGGAUAUACACAGACCCGACCUGAUCGACUAUGACAGCCUAGACAAGAACGACCAUAAGGGGAACAUGCAGCUUGCGUUCGACAUUGCAGCUAAAGAGAUUGGCAUUCCAGAUUUGUUGGACGUGGAAGAUGUAUGCGACGUCCCUAAGCCAGACGAGCGGUCGCUCAUGACGUAUAUUGCUUACUGGUUUCACGCCUUCUCGCACAUGGAAAAGGUGGAAAAUGCCGGAAGAAGGGUUGAGAAAUUCGUACAAAGCAUGCAAGGAGCAUGGGAAAUGCAGAACUCUUUCGAGAAACGCAUGAAAGAACUGCUCAGGCAGAUCGCUCAACAAAAUCAGAUCUGGCAAGAAGCGAAGUUCGACGGCACAUAUCUCGACGCUAAACAACAGGCCCAGGCACUGUCCAGCUACAAGAAGAAGGAGAAACGCGCGUGGGUGGCAGAGAAACAGGACGUCACGGGUCUACUGGGCAACAUCAAGACGAAGCUGAACACAUACAGGCUAAAACCUUAUGAGCCACCACCGGAAUUGAGCAUAGAUGCGCUCGAACAGGCGUGGAGCGGGCUGAUGAAAGCAGAAAAACAUCGAAGUCAAGCCAUCAACGAAACGAUCAGAGAUAUCAAGAACAAGCUACGUAGAACAUUUGCGGACAAGGCUAAUGACUUCGCCCUGGCUCUGAACACACUGUCAACGUCAAUCUCCGGUCUCGAAGGAGAUGUCGAAGAUCAGUCACGCCAUACUCAUAAGCUUGCAGAAAGCCUGGAUCCUCUAGACAAGUAUCUGGAUCUGAUAGCAGACCUAGACGAGCAGUGCGAGGAAGCCAAUAUUGAAGAAAACGACUUCACUACCUUCACAUACGAAGAAUUAGAGUACGAACUGAAUUUGGUCAAGUCUAGCGUCAAUAAGAAGCUUGUUUUCCUCGAGAACCAAUUAGUGGCACGCAAUAUGACGAAUCUUACCCCGAUCCAGUUGGAAGAAUUCGAAUCGGUAUUCAGGCAUUUCGAUCGAGACAUGAGCAACUCACUCCAGGAAAUCGAAUUCUCCGCUGCACUGGCCAGUCUUGGACUCGUGUAUGACGAAGGCGAGAUGCACGACAAGUUCCUCGAGACGAGUGGCGGACGAGACUACGUAACCUUUGAACAGUUCAUCCGCUUCAUGGUCGACGAGACAGAGGAUCAAAACACAGCCGAGCAGGUCUUUGAAAGUUUCAAGGAAGUGGCUGAUGGCAAGCCGUACGUCACUGAACUUGAUCUGCGACACUCCCUUGUGCCGGAAGAAAUUAUCGAUGAUCUUGUGAAGAGCAUGCCGGAGCACAAGGGGCCGGAUUUGCAAGAAGACCGCGACCUUCCCAAAUAUGACUACAUUACAUACAUGGACAAAUUUAUGGGCAAGCCUGCGGCGAAUGGACAUGCAAACGGCCUCUAGGACAGGUGUAGGGGAAUUUAUGUCGUACAGUCCGGUCUUUACGAGAGGUCGAGCUUUAUUCAUUUAAUUAGAUCAGCGAUUAUUGCAUGAGAAGGUCCCUCUGGUUGGGUAUUGUGGACCUUUUUAGGCGCGGAUAGGUACGAGGAGUUAGGUAGUAGUAGUAGUAUUGAUAUAGGCCACGGGCCUGUGCCAAUAGAGGUUCCAUCAAGCAUGCAGUGAGGAUUACAUACUACCUCUCGUUGUUACAGAUGGAGUAUCACAGUGUCUCCUAUGUCCGGAUGCCACAUGGUCUGGGAAAUCCCACAGUGCACUUUUUUAGCAUAGCUAGACGCCAAGUGCCCCUACAUACUACGU